UGGUGAUCAACUGCUUUCGAUCGCUUUUGCAUAUAGAAUCGGAGAGUCAACAGUAUCUUCGGUCAUUAAGCACACUUGUACCGUAUUAAGCAAAGUAUUGGCCCCACUAUAUGUAGUCCCUCCAACGUCAGAAAAAUGGGAACAAAUUGCUGCAGAUUUUCUUAAAGAUUGGAAUAUUCCGAAUUGCGUUGGAUCGUUCGAUGGAAAACACGUACACAUUCAAGCUCCGCCAAAUUCUGGAAGCGUCUACUUUAACUAUAAAAAAAGUUUCAGCAUUGUCCUAAUGGCUGCUUGCGAUUCUAAUUAUAAAUUUACUCUUAUUGACGUUGGUACUAAUGGCAGUAUUAGCGACGGGAGCAUAUUUGCUUCAUCUGAAAUAGGCCAAGCAGUUAAAUAUGAAACAUUGAACGUGCCACAAGGGCAGAUACAACUUCCUGGCAGUAAUCAAUCAACGCCAUAUUUUUUCAUCGGUGAUCAAGCUUUUCCACUGAUGAAAAAUUUUAUGAGGCCCUACGCUGGACGAAGAUUGGAAGAAAAAAAGCAAAUAUUUAAUUAUAGAUUAUCUCGUGCUAGAAGAACGAUAGAGAACGCAUUCGGAAUACUUUCUGCACGUUGGAGAGUUUAUCGUCGACCAAUUUGUUUGGAUUUAAACGCCGUUGAUAAGAUAGUAAUAAGUACUAAUUAGAAAACGGUCAAGUAAUUGAAGGAACUUGGAGGAAUGAACAGAUGCAAUCACAACGUUUACAACCUACUGGUGCACAUCGAGCGAGCAGAAACGCAAUGGAGCAACGUGACAUUUUAGCAGAUUACUUUGUAACCCAAGCAGGAAAGAUUCCAUGGCAGUAUGACUAUAUUAGAAGAGGGACAAACAGAGACUAAACAGAUAAUACAAAUGUUCAUAUAAAGUAUUUA